CAGGUCACUUUCAACAUGGAGAGUGGAGCAGGAAAGCAUUGGACUGAAGAGGAGGUUAAAGCCUUGCUAAGCGUCUGGUCAGAAAAAAACAUAAGAAAACAACUUCAUGGAACACUAAGGAAUAAAGGAAUAUUUAUCUACAUUGCUAAAAGACUACAGGAGUUAGGAGUUUGCAGAGACUGGAAACAGUGCCGUGCAAAGUAUAAAAAUCUGAAGUAUGAAUUCAGAACAGUUAAAUAUGCCCACAACUCUGGAGAUGCCACUAAAACCAUGAAGUUUUUUCAUGAUCUGGAUGCUAUACUGCAAUAUGAACCAGUCACACAAUUAACAGAGGAUGAAAACGGCAGGUGCUCUGCAACUGAGAGACAGCUGAACAUAAGCACUACCACAGAGAACACUGAAGGUGAAAUAUCAGUUGCAUUAGAAGAGGAUGAGGAUGUCCCAGAGGAUCCAUUACUUUUUAUUUCACAUGUCAGACCAAUUGAACUAGUAGCAAACGAAGGAGGAAAACACUGGACUGUCAAUGAAGUCAGAGCUCUAAUACAUAUAUGGUCAGACAAACACAUCCAGCAACAACUUGAAGUGACAGUGAGAAAUAAAAGAAUAUUUGAACAGGUUGCUGCUAGGCUUCAAAAAUUCGGAAUUGAAAGGGACUGGAAGCAGUGCAGAACAAAGUAUAAAAACUUAAAACAUGAGUACAAAAGCAUAAAAAAUGCCCAAGACUCAGGGAAUACAAGUAAAAGUAUGAAAUUUUUUAAUGAACUGGAUGCCAUUCUGGGACACAACACUGGAGAGCAAUCAAGCAAAUCAGAUAAUGAAGAAGGUGAAAGGCCUACGGAAUGGAUAGAAGCUAAAACAGAAAAGGACUCCUUAGGAAUACCUGGAGACACAGGUGAAGAGGACUCUGUUAGUAAUAUGUCAGAAGAUCUACAGGUCACACAUAUAGAGAAAGUUUCUGACACAGUGCUCCCUGACAAAUUCAAUGAAGACAAGUCUGUAAGCAAUCUUUUAGAAGAACUAGGUGCCACACAUAUAAAGGAAGAAGAGGAUAUUCGUUUAGCUAUCUCAAUGGAUUUGCCAGCAGAGGGUGCCAAAUCACAAAGGGAGUGCCACCAAAUGGAGGAGAACCAAUUAAAUGGGAGACAAACACUCCUUCCCACCCCAGAGAAAAAGCAUAGAAGCAUGUCAGCAGUAGCCAGUAGAGAAAAAGAAAUCCCUGAAGAUAAAGAGGGCUUCAUUAAUUUCUCCCCAGAAGACUUAGAUUCUACACAUAUAAAGAAAGAGACAAUUGACAUAGAUGAUGAUUCUAUAAGCACUACUUCAGAGGAUAUAUCUGGCCCAUCAGUAGUGAAACAGAUAACUGGGACAGACAAUUUAAUUCCUUUGGAUGAAGCACAGAAUCACUUUAAGGUUAUUACAGUUCAUGAUACAGGAGCAGGAAAACACUGGAGUGAUAAUGAAGUCAGAGCUCUGAUAAAUAUAUGGUCAGAUGAGAAGAUACAACAAAUGCUUGAAGGAGCAACAAGAAAUAAAGAAAUCUUUGAGGAGAUUGCCAGAAGGUUAAUGAAAUUUGGCAUAGACAGAGACUGGAAGCAGUGUCGCACAAAGUACAAGAAUUUAAAAUAUGAAUACCGCGCACUGCAAAAAGAAAACGAUCAUCUUGGCAAUCCCAGACGAAAGAUGAGGUUUUAUGAUGAAGUUGAUUGCAUCUUCAGAAGACAACCUCUAGUUGCAUCUAGCUGGGGAUGUGAAAGUUCUAAUCUCAUAUCAGAGUCAGUGGGAGACAUUAUCACAAACACAGGACCUUGGGGUAUCAAGAGAAAAGCAUCUGAUGAAUCAUCACCUGGUCCGCUUAAGAAGAGUGCUUCUGAGAAAGCUGUAGUACAGUUUCAAAGAAGUUUAACAGACAGAAUGCAUACAGUAACAGAAGGCAAAAAAGCACUUUUAGAAAGGCUUUGUAAACAGGAGGAAACACAGGACAUCAGCAGAACACAGCUGUAUGGUGAUCCUCCAGCUAUAAAACAGGUGCCCGCUGCCCUGGCCGCCGCGAUGGCUCCCGUAGCGACAGAACUGAAACUUGGUAAAAAAAUUAAUGAAGGUAAAACAAAAGAAGUCUAUGAGUUGCCAGAUCUCGCAGGAUGUGUGCUGAUGCAAUCAAAAGACCAAAUAACAGCAGGAAAUGCAGCUAGAAAGGAUCACAUGGAAGGAAAGGCAGCAAUUUCCAAUACAACAACUAGCUGUGUGUUUCAGCUGCUACAUGAAUCUGGAAUCAAAACUGCUUUUGUCAGAAAACAUGGCAACACAGCGUUCAUAGCAGCUCAAUGUGAAAUGAUUCCAAUUGAAUGGGUGUGCAGAAGAAUUGCUACUGGUUCUUUCCUGAAAAGAAACCCUGGUGUCAAGGAAGGAUACAAGUUUUACCCACCCAAAAUUGAAAUGUUUUACAAGGAUGAUGCUGCUAAUGAUCCACAAUGGUCUGAGGAGCAACUAAUUGAAGCCAAGUUCUGCUUUGCUGGACUUACUAUUGGACAAACCGAGGUGGAUAUUAUGGCCCACUCUACACAGGCUAUUUUUGAGAUACUGGAAAAAUCUUGGUUACCCCAGAACUGCACUCUUGUAGACAUGAAGAUUGAGUUUGGUGUUAAUAUAACUACAAAAGAGAUUGUCCUUGCUGAUGUUAUUGAUAAUGAUUCUUGGAGGCUGUGGCCAUCAGGAGACCGAAGCCAACAGAAGGACAAACAGUCUUACCGUGAUCUAAAAGAAGUGACUCCUGAAGCGCUGCAGAUGGUUAAAAGAAACUUUGAAUGGGUUGCAGAAAGAGUGGAGUUGCUGCUGAAAACAAAGAGCCAUGGUAGAGUUGUGGUAUUGAUGGGAUCAUCUUCUGAUCUUAGUCACUGUGAAAAAAUUAAAAAAGCAUGUGCAAACUUUGGAAUUCCUUGUGAGCUACGAGUGACAUCUGCUCACAAAGGACCAGAUGAAACUCUGAGGAUCAAGGCAGAGUAUGAAGGUGAUGGAAUCCCUACUGUGUUUGUGGCGGUAGCUGGCAGAAGCAAUGGCUUGGGACCAGUGCUGUCUGGUAACACGUCAUAUCCAGUUGUCAACUGUCCUCCUCUCUCAGCCGAUUGGGGUUCUCAGGAUGUCUGGUCUUCUCUUAGACUGCCCAGUGGUCUUGGCUGUCCUACUAUACUCUCACCCGAAGGAGCUGCCCAGUUUGCUGCUCAGAUUUUUGGAUUAAGUAACCACUUGGUGUGGGCCAAGCUGCGCUCAAGCAUGUUGAAUACGUGGAUCUCCUUGAAGCAAGCUGACAAAAAACUUAGAGAAUGCACCUUAUAAAUAACAUGUUAAAAGGAAAGUAAUGCAUACCUUAUAUUGGCUACGUAAAAAAUAGUGCCAUGUGCAAACUGUCUUCCCGCUAGGAUCUUCACAUGGAUCAUUUGGAAAUCUUAAACCCUUUGUUGUAUAAGAUGAUACAUCUUGUAUGGUAGAUGAGUCUCUACAAUUGGUCUCGUUUUCUGUUUUUUAAUAAAUGAAAGCAUACAGGAUAGUUUGACUUGCUCAAAAUUAUGUUCUGCUUUAGUCCUUGUAUACUGCUUUAACUACAGACUACAUAAUAUCAAAAUGAAGGUUUAAUGCAAUGUGCACUAGAAUUUAAUCAGUUUUCCCUAGCAGCAUUACUACAGAAUGUUACUGAUGAAGCUUGGAUUUACUAACUCCACUGAGUGGACUGCCAAUCCAAAAGAGAAAAUGUUUAUGCUGUUCUGCUUGCAGUUAUGAAAAUAUGCUCCCUAAGCAAUAACAUAGCUGUAGAUUGCAAUCCUAACUGGAAGACGGUUCUGGAAUGGACUCUUAUAAUCUCUGAGAGGGAGGCUGGAUGUCCAAGUGUAUGGAAGAAAGCCAGCCAUAUCACAAGAUAGGAUGUUAGUUUAUUUCAAUAUUUCCUAAAGCAAUGUCCUCAUAUUAAUAAUGCUACUUAUACAGCAGUAGACGAGAUUAACUCCGAGUAGUAAUCAUGAGUUCAAAACUGACUUGUAAGCCUUUUGUCCUCUGUUCAAGUACAAUGAGUUCUUUCCAUUUCAUUAGUUCUGCUUUAAAGAGCCUCUCAUAAGAUCAUAGCAGACUUCAUUUUUAGAAAAUGUUGGUUGGGGUGUGUGCGUCUUUCUUCCCUUAUUUUUGUAGUGAGAAAAAGUUGGUUGCUAAGGAAUCUCUCAUAAUUGAAGGUGGAAAUAAACAAUUAAGUGAAAUAAUGAGAUCUAAGCAUGACUUUUUCCUCCAUGAAACUAUUGUUUUUAAUUAGGGUCAGCUUUAUUACAGUACUGAUUCUAACAAACAUGCAAUUUCUCAACUAAUGUAAUAGCAUAUGCUUUUAAAAUUACAAAUAAACUGUUAACUUCCAAUUUGCUUUAUGAA